AAGAAGCAAACUUAAUUUUGUGAGUCUCUUCAGAUCUCUCCUUGUCACAUGAAAGGCUGACAAGAAGAAGAUCUCUUUUAUAUCGCUCUUCCAGUCAGGUUUCCUUGACCAGAAAGAUGGCAUUCAUCCAAGGGGUUAUCAUUAUGCUCGUUUUAGCAUCUGCUCAUAAUGGGAUAAGUAUCGUAGAAGCACAACUCGAUCCAGGAGUUUGUUACGGGAGGCAGGGAAGUAAUCUUCCUCCGGUUUCUAAGGUUGUGGCAAUGUACAAGCAAUAUGGUAUUAGAAACAUGAGGCUCUUUGAUCCAGACCUAGAUGUUCUCACAGCACUCAAGGGACAGCAGAUACAAGUCACUCUAGGCGUGCACAACCAAGAUCUACCGAAGUUGGUGGUGAUUGAUGCAGCAAAGUCAUGGUACAACACAUACGUACAAAACUUUCCGGAUGUUCCUAUCAGGCUUAUAGCUGUUGGCAACGAAGUCAUCCCGGGAGAGUUCUCUCAGUAUGUCUUACCAGUGAUGCAAAACUUCCAGACCAUCAUCAGCAGCUCCAACGGGACGGUGAUUGGAGUCACAACUGUAGUCUCCAUGGACACCAUGAGUGCCACUUACCCGCCUUCAAGCGGUGCAUUCAAGGCUGAGGCAUCCAGUGUAAUGACCGGUCUGCUCUCGUUUUUGGCUAGCCAUAAUUAUCCCCUAUUGCUAAACGCGUAUCCCUACUUUCCAUAUGCUGCAAACCCCGGAGACGUGUCACUGGCCUACGCACAGUUCACUGCACCAGGUCCAGUGGUGCACGAUGGUGGACUAGACUACUGGAACCUUCUCGAUGCUAUGGUCGACUCUGUCUACGCAGCAAUGGAGAAAGUCGGCGUGCCUAAUGUGGCCAUCUUAAUUUCAGAGUCCGGUUGGCCUUCUGCUGGAAAUGGGGACUUCACAACCGCUGGUCUUGCCGCCACUUACAAUCAGAAUCUCUUGAAGAAAUUCAGCAGCCAAACCGGGACUCCAAGAAGACCCUCCAAUAAGCUGACUGGGUACAUUUUUGCAAUGUUCAAUGAGGACCUUAAACCUACUGGUAUAGAACAGCACUGGGGGUUGUUCUAUCCCGAUGGCACACCCGUUUAUCGUGUUUUCGGCUAGUAAUUAUUGAUAUAUAAGUAGAGAGCAAAAGCUCAAUUGCUUUCUCAUUCCAUGAUCCUUUCAUGUAACGUGAGUUCUCUAAAUAACCCGUAUGUAUUACAUUGAAAAGGCUGCCUUUAGCCUAUAUCCUAAUGGAAGUACUGCUUCU